AGAGUUUAUUCACAAACUGUCAAGGACAGCAAUCACUCUAUCACAUACUUUGAACGAACGUGUUUCGUGACACAGAUAUUACGAUAACGAGUGCGUGCGUGUAAGGGCAUGCUCUGCUCUUUUACCGACAUUUCUUUGCCGAGUAUCAACAUUCUGCCCCACCCCGAAGAAACAACCAUCACUGUACCUAAAACAGGAAGCAACGAGACAUACAUUUUUACGAAGACAGUCUGUGAAAACAACGUCAAACCGUGGAAAAAAAUCGUUAUUGACCACGAGAAGAAAAUCUUCACGUCCAAAUCACAGCCUCUUAUUGUGGAUGCAUUUGAUUCAAUCUAAACGGAGAAGGUCUCUGUUGACAACAUGGGACAGCAUCUAGGAAAACGGGAGCCACAGCUGGAGAGCAAGCCUUUGUCACCAGAACCAGAAGCAGAACAGACUAUAGAACCAGCACCCAUUGGUGAGACCAUGACAGAACCCGAAUCACAAGACGAGGUCUUUGGCCUGGAUGAGGCAGAUGUGAACCCGAACAAUGGCUGCCCCUCUGAGAAGGCGGCGGCGGUGACUGACUCCACGGGCGCUGAGGGGCCCAGCAGCUCCUGGAACGAAGCCAGCACAGCUGAUGCUGACGAUAGCGCCGUGCCACGCCCCCACCUGGUCCGCCUCUUCUCCCGAGAUGCCCCGGGCCGCGAGGACAACACCUUCAAAGACCGCCCUUCUGAAUCGGAUGAGCUACAGACCAUCCAAGAGCACAGCGGAGCGGGAUCAGAGUGUGGUUCAGAGGAUCAGGAUCUAGACUAA